AAAAAAAAAAAAAGACGAAAAACUGCUGGGAGAUGAGGCUGCAGGGUGGUGUAGCAGAUCUAAAGACCAAACAACAUGGAAAGAUGUUUACUUAAGUUGAAAAAGAACUUAGAGAUCACCCUGUUCCAUUUUCCACCCAAAUCCAAAACCCUUUCAUAUACGGAAUAAAGACUGCCUGUGUUACAACAUCACUAUUUAUCUAACAUACCAAAUAUAUACUGAGAAAUGGGGGAAAUUCUCUGAAAAUAUAUUUUUUCAACAGGGAAAAAACAUGAAGAAGAAAAAACAUGAUGCCAUUGUUUGUGAACGUAAACAACUUCUGAAUCUCUCUCCCAAAGUAACAAAUUGUUGCAAAUCACUGUGGUUGAAAUACAAUUUUCAGAAGGCUUACAUGACCGGACUUGUCAGCUCGCAGCCAGUUUCAGCCAUGUCAAGGAACCCAGAUCACAACCCACCUUCUCAGCCCAAGGAGAAUAGCAUUGGCCAGAACCAUCACCAGGAGGAAAUAAUCCACAAGUUGGCCAGGCAGCUGAGAAACAUCGGGGACAACAUCGAUCAUAGAAUGGUUCAGGAGGAUUUUCAACAAGAAGACAGAGCUAUCCUGGCUCAUUUUGUCUUAGUUUUCUUUGGAGGAGUUCACAUGUUGUUGCGCUUUCUCUGGAAUAACCACGUGAUGUAAAAGGAAUGUAAAUGUCAGGUUCUGCUUUCCUUCUACCCUCUGAGAAAAUAUGCAUCCCACUGGGGCAGAUGGGAAGAAGACCCGUCUCUACCUCCUCUGUUUUCACCCACCAUUGUUGCUUUGUGCCUGAUUGUUGGAGAACUGCGGACUCACUGGCCAUUUGUCUGUUCACUGGUCAACCAGCGAUGAGAUGUCUAUGACUGCCCCAUGGUAGAGCCCAAGGAACUUAGGAACCCAGGAGGCCUUGCUGCUUAGGAAACACCAGCGCUGUGGAUAGUCCCAGUGCUCCUUGUAAGGAAACCUUGAACAUUUCCUCUUAUGAGGGAAAUUGAACCUCAUCCCCAAACCAGAGGUCACAGGAAUGGGUGCUUUCUCCUGGCCCCCUCCCCUGGGUACCAGGCCCUCCAGCAGCCUGUUGACCCCACUCUCGUUGCUCACGUCCAGACCUGCAGUGCCCUGUCCUCUUUUUACCUUCUGUCUACCUCAUAUUCCUCCCUCCCUUUGAGAAGUAUGGCAAGUGUUAAGAAAAUUUGUUGUUAUAAAUUAUAACUUCUGUAUAUGCGUUUUGAGUUCUUUG